UUAAACGAUUACACAGUUUGGAGAGAAAAUUUGAAAAGGACAAUACACUUAAAGCUAGAUAUACGGAAGUGAUAAAGGAGUAUGAGCAACUAGGUCAUAUGGUACCUGUAACGGAACCUGAUCACAAACUUAAGGACGCUACAUACUUACCUCACCAUGCUGUCAUUCGCGAAAAUAGAACAACUACGAAGGUUAGAGUCGUGUUUGACGCUUCAUGUAAAGACGACAAGGGUAUUUCGCUGAAUGACAUACUCAUGACAGGACCUACGUUGCAGCCAGAUUUACGACACCUAGUUAUGUGUUGGAGACAGUAUCCCGUCUGUUUAGUUGCGGACAUUGUAAAAAUGUACCGCAUGGUGCGGGUGGCUGAAGAAGAUACUGACUUCCAACGUAUAGUGUGGCGAGAAGAUUCUGAAAAUAAGAUCAAAGAUUACAAGUUGCUAACAGUAACAUUUGGCACGUCCUCAGCUCCAUACUUGGCAGUAAAGGCACUGAAUCAAGUAGCCUGUGAUCAUAAGGACAAAUAUCCCAUGGCUGCACCUAGAGUUCACAAAGAGUUUUAUAUGGAUGAUCUAAUGACCGGCAGUGAAACAAUAGAAGAAGGGUUACAGAUGUACAAAGAAAUGAAAUCCUUAUUGAACGAAGGAGGAUUUAUUUUACAAAAAUGGGCUAGUAAUAAACAGGAAUUGUUAGAUCAAAUAAAUAAAACAGAAAACAAACAGGUAGCAAAUGAAGGAGAAAAGAACAGCCUGGAAUUAAAAACGGACAAUAUAACAAAAAUCUUAGGACUUACCUGGAACAGAGAUGAAGAUGUAUUUCAGUACUCAGUAAAUUUACCGCCGCUUUCACCACCUGCAACUAAAAGAAAAAUUAUUUCGGAUGUGUCGCGUUUAUUUGACCCGUUGGGAUGGUUGGCCCCGUGUGUCAUAGUAGCAAAGAUUUUUAUACAGCGAUUGUGGAUAGCAGGAAUUGGAUGGGACGAGGAGCCACCAACAGAUAUAUUAAAAGAUUGGAUAACUUACCGUGAACAGCUAACCAGUCUUGAAGAUUUCCGUAUUCCCAGAUGGAAUAACAUGAAUGUUAGCGACACAUUAGUAGAGUUGCACGGCUUUAGCGAUGCCGCUACUGCUGCAUACGCAGCUGUUGUAUAUCUACGGGUAGUAAAGGCUUCAGGUGAGAUUCGUGUUGCUUUAGUUGCUGCUAAAACCAGAGUAUCUCCUGUAAAACAGGUCUGUAUACCGAGACUGGAACUAUGUGGCGCAGUACUCCUAGCUAAACUUCUGAAGGAAGUUGCUACUGUCAUGAACAUACCCAAACACAAUGUCAAGGCAUGGACAGAUUCUACAGUAGUUCUUGCCUGGAUAAACAAACAUCCGAGUAAUUGGAAAACUUUUGUGGCGAAUAGGGUUUCGGAAAUACUUACCACUAUGGACUCAUCGCAAUGGUCGCAUGUCUCAACCAAAGAAAAUCCGGCAGAUUGCGCAUCUCGUGGAAUCCGACCAGCGGAACUUAAUGAGCAUGACUUGUGGAAAUUUGGCCCCAAGUUUUUAUACAAUGAAGUGAUCAGUUACUCAAAACUCAAGGACAACGAAACUAACCUGGAAAAAUCUACAAAGGUCCAUUUAGGGGUUGUAGAAGAACCUAUUUGGGACAAAUAUUCAUCGUUGAAUAAACUUAUUCGAGUUGUAGCAUACUGUAGACGUUUUCUUACUAAACGCGGAUUGUACAGAAACCGAGAACACACUAAACAUCUACAAAAAUGGGAAUUAGACGAAGCUUUUACAAACUGUGUCAAAUUGUGCCAAAACGCAGAAUUCAAAAAUGAGAUAGCAGAGAUCAACGAAAACGGUUGUGUAUCUACGAAGACAUCGAAAAUUCGUUCUUUGUCACCAUUUCUCGAAAACGGUAUUUUACGAGUUGGAGGUCGACUAGAGAAUACAUCAGAUUCUGAAGAAACCAAACAUCCGAUGAUCUUACCGUAUGAUUCACACUUGACAAAAUUGAUUGUAGCUGACGCACAUAUGCGCACCCUUCACGGAGAACAGAGAGUUGUGUUAAAUUAUUUGAGGACGGCUUAUUGGAUAGUAAGAGCAAAAGAUUUGGUGAGACAACAUAUUCGUAAGUGCGUUCGCUGCAUUCGUUACAAAGCCAGAAUUCAAACACAGAUGAUGGGAAACUUACCUGCAUCAAGAGUCACUCCAGAUAGGGCAUUUAUUCGAAGUGGUGUCGAUUAUGCAGGACCUAUCAAUCUAAGGACAUCAAAAGGUAGAGGACACCGUUCAUAUAAAGGAUACAUUUGCUUAUUUGUGUGUAUGGUCACGAAAGCUAUACAUUUAGAAGUCGUAAGUGAGUUGACAUCGCGUGGAUUUCUAGAAGCUUUCAAGCGUUUUAUCUCUAGACGCGGUCGGUGUUUAGAAAUGUAUAGUGACAACGGGACAAAUUUUGUCGGCGCCGCAAAGGAGUUAAAGGAUUUAUUUAACUCUGAAAAAUCUAAUAUGGUUCAAGAGAUAGCCGAAGUUUUGGCUUCAGACGGUACUACUUGGCAUUUCAUACCGCCUAAAAGUCCAAACUUUGGUGGGUUAUGGGAAGCUGGUAUUAAAUCAACAAAAUACCAUAUUAAAAGGGUUAUUGGUGAUUCUACGCUUACUUACGAGGAAAUGUCAACGUUACUCAGCCAAAUUGAAGCUUGUUUAAAUUCGCGUCCUAUUUCAGUGCUGUCUAACGACCCAAAUGAGCCAAGUCCGUUGACACCUGGCCAUUUUUUAAUAGGUGAGCCAUUAGUAACAGUACCGGAAAGGAACUUUGAAAGCUCGAAUAUUGUUAGCUUAAAACGAUGGCAAUUGACUCAGCAUAUGUUGCAAAACUUUUGGCGUCGGUGGUCUAAUGAAUAUUUGACCUACUACUUACAUCGUUAUAAGUGGUCACAUCAGGUUCAGGAACCAUCAAUUGGAGAUGUCGUUUUGGUAAAGGAAGAUGACCUUCCUCCUUCAAAGUGGCUUUUUGGUAAAAUUAUACAAAAACACCCGGGUACAGAUUCAUUAACCAGAGUAGUCACCAUACAAUGUAAGAAUACUUUAAUAAAACGACCGACUUCAAAAGUCAUUAUACUGCCAGUGACGGAAUAGAUAUGUAUUGUUAAUUAAUAUGUGCUUAUAUAAGAAUGAAGAAUUGUAUGUUCAAUUAAGAAGAUUAAAGGUUUUAAUGUUAUGUUUUAAGUUAAUGUUACUUAGAAAAACCGCACCACAAUGUUAAGUAAUUUAGUUCAAUUUUUGUUAAUUUAGUUAUUUCAAGGUGGGCGGUCAUAGUGAAGGACAAGUUGUCCUU